AUGGAUUAUAACAAGAGGUCGGCCGUUUCUACGGUUCCAAAUACAGGUCCACUAAAAGUAGGGUUCAUUGGGUUAUCGUAUCUGAAGGGGUGGGCUUUGAAGACACACUAUCCGGCGAUAUUGCAACUUUCGUCGCAGUUCCAAAUCACAGCAUUGUUCAACCCACAGCUGAGUGAGGCUCUUGCGACGAUACAAGCGCUGAAAUUGCAAAACGCAACGGCGUUCCCGACUCUGGAGGCCUUUGCCGCGUCAUCAAAUGUCGACAUGAUUGUGGUUUCGAUACAAUCUGCCCAGCAUUACUCUGUGUUGAUCCCGCUUAUAGAGCACACCAAGGCAAACCCAAACCUAAAAUACCUUUUCGUCGAGUGGGCCAUGGCCUGUUCCGUCGAAGAGGCAGAGCAGAUCUAUGCAGCGGCAGCGAAGAGAGGACUACAAACGAUAAUAUCGCUGCAGGGAAGAAAAUCCCCGUACGUUAUCCGUGCAAAAGAAUUGGUAAGCGAAGGUUACAUAGGAGACAUCAACUCUAUCGAAAUAGCAGGGAACGGUGGGUGGUAUGGUUAUGAGCGGUCCGUCAAGAACCCUAAUUUCAUAUACGAGAUGGGCCAGGGGACCGAUAUUGUGACCAACACUUUCGGCCACACUAUCGAUAUCCUGCAGUACAUAACAGGGUCGUACUUUGGAAGAAUUAACUCCAUGAUCUUCAACAACAUACCACAACAGGAACUGAUAGAUGAAAACGGUGCAAGGAUAGGCCAGAAAGUGAAAAAAUCAGUCCCCGAUCACCUGUUAUUCCAGGGGACGCUACUGCGCGGGAAUGUCCCCAUAUCGUGUUCUAUAAAAGGUGGGAAGCCCACCAAGAAAUUCACCAAAAAUCUAGUCAUCGAUAUUCAUGGUACCAAGGGAGAUUUGAAGCUCGAGGGGGAUGCCGGGUUUGCAGAAAUAUCAAAUCUCGUCUUGUACUACUGUGGGAUAAAGGGGAACGACCCGGCAACGUCCUCUACAAACCUUGCUAGUCUACCUGAACCAUCAAAUUCCUACGAUUCUGCCAAGGAAAUCAUGGAGGUAUAUCAUUUGAGAAACUAUAAUGCUGUCCUGGGGAAUAUUUUCAAGCUGUACGAAUCUAUAGCAGACUUCCAUUACAACACAAGGAAGAUACCGAACUUGCCAGCUCAAUUUAUCAUGCAAGGUUUCGAGGUCGAAGGGUUUCCAACCCUCAUGGAUGCAUUGAUACUUCAUCGUUUGAUUGACAAUGUAUACAGGAGCCAUUUAAUAGGAUCCACCUUGAAUGUUAGUAACAUUUCGCGACCCUAG